GGGAAUUCACUCUCAUCACCCCAAAGAGUGUCUCCUGAAGCUUCCGAUAGCGAACCUGUCCAGCGAGGUCACCUUUGAAGGGACAGUGUCCUGAGAGCAGGAAGGAUGCAGCUGAUGAAUGCUUGCUGUGCCAGGCCUCGGGAUUAGGGAGACAUUGCAGCAUUCUUCGCAAAUGUUUUGGUUCUGCCGUGCGCAAGAGCCGCGCUCAGCACCAUGACCACGAAAUAGAAUAAAAUACAAGCAUUAUUUGCUCUGAGGUGAUGACAGCUUGGCCGUGAAGGAUGAUUGAGGAAGGUGGGAACAAGCGGAAGACCAUGGCCGAGAAGAGGCAGCUGUUCGUAGAAAUGCGUGCUCAGAAUUUUGAUGUCAUACGACUAUCGACUUACAGAACAGCUUGCAAAUUACGAUUUGUACAAAAACGAUGCAACCUUUAUCUUGUUGAUAUCUGGAAUAUGAUUGAAGCCUUCCGUGACAAUGGCCUUAAUUCACUGGACCAUACCACCGAGAUCAGUGUGUCCCGCCUUGAGACUGUCAUCUCAUCCAUCUACUAUCAGUUGAACAAGCGCCUUCCUUCUACUCACCAAAUCAGUGUGGAACAGUCCAUCAGCCUCCUCCUCAACUUUAUGAUUGCUGCGUAUGACAGUGAGGGCCGAGGCAAGUUGACUGUAUUUUCAGUUAAAGCUAUGUUAGCAACCAUGUGUGGUGGAAAAAUGCUGGACAAAUUGAGAUAUGUUUUCUCCCAGAUGUCAGAUUCCAGUGGCUUAAUGAUAUUUAGCAAAUUUGACCAGUUUCUGAAGGAGGUACUGAAGCUCCCCACAGCUGUCUUUGAAGGGCCAUCCUUUGGCUACACAGAGCAUGCAGUCCGCACCUGUUUCCCACAGCAGAAGAAGAUAAUGCUGAAUAUGUUUUUAGACACAAUGAUGGCUGACCCUCCACCCCAGUGCCUUGUCUGGCUACCUCUCAUGCACAGGCUUGCCCAUGUGGAGAAUGUCUUCCAUCCCGUGGAGUGUUCCUACUGCCACUGUGAGAGCAUGCUGGGCUUCAGGUACCGGUGCCAGCAGUGCCACAACUACCAGCUCUGCCAGAACUGCUUUUGGCGAGGCCAUGCCAGUGGCCCCCACAGCAACCAGCACCAGAUGAAGGAGCAUUCCUCUUGGAAAUCCCCUGCAAAGAAGCUGAGCCAUGCAAUUAGUAAAUCAUUGGGGUGCAUGCCCUCCAGAGAACCCCCACAUCCUGUUUUUCCUGAGCAACCAGAGAAACCACUUGACCUUGCUCACAUAGUUCCUCCUCGCUCCUUGACUAAUAUGAAUGACACCAUGGUUAGCCACAUGUCCUCUGGAGCGCCCACGCCCACCAAGAGGUUACAGUAUAGCCAGGACACGCCCAGUCCCUUGGCCGAUGAGCAUGCGCUGAUAGCCUCCUAUGCAGCCCGACUGCAGCACUGCACACGUGUCCUGGACAGUCCUAGCCGACUGGACGAGGAACACCGACUUAUAGCUCGCUAUGCUGCCCGACUGGCUGCAGAAGCAGAAAAUAUGACUCAUCCUCCUGCGGACGUAAGCUUCAGCUUUGAUGCCAACAAGCAGCAGAGACAACUCAUUGCAGAACUGGAGAAUAAGAACAGAGAGAUCCUGCAGGAGAUCCAGCGCCUGCGACUAGAACACGAACAGGCUUCCCAGCCGACUCCUGAGAAGGCCCAGCAGAACCCCACACUGCUGGCAGAGCUGCGCCUGCUGAGGCAGAGGAAAGAUGAGCUGGAACAGAGGAUGUCAGCACUGCAGGAGAGCCGGCGGGAGCUAAUGGUCCAGCUGGAGGGGCUGAUGAAGCUGCUGAAGGAGGAAGAGCAAAAGCAGGCAGCUCAGGCCACAGGGUCACCUCACACAUCACCCACUCACGGAGGCAGCCGCUCCAUGCCUAUGCCUGUGCGUUCCACAUCUGCUGGCUCCACUCCGACCCAUGGGCCACAGGACUCACUGAGCGGUGUUGGAGGAGAUGUGCAGGAGGCCUUCGCACAAGGUACAAGGAGAAACCUCCGCAAUGACUUGCUUGUGGCCGCUGACUCCAUCACCAACACCAUGUCAUCCCUGGUGAAGGAGCUCCAUUCAGGUUAGCCAAGGAGCCAUCAGGAUACAGAAGCAGCUCUGGCACAGAGGCUGAGGAGCAAGCUGGCACCGACAAGACGAGACGAAGAGAAAGUCUUCCCCCAGGCGCAUUCCCAUCCAUAUUUCUGCUGCACACCUGGGUUGGGCUUGCAGGCUGCCAGACUCACGCCACCACCAGAGAGAGGAGCCAAGCCAAGUGUGAAGUGGGGGGGGACUGCCCGAGGCCCCAGCUGGUGGGCCUCCCUGUGUAGCCCUGCAUGUACUAGUAUCUGCAUUCCUCCCUCAGGGCAUGGUCUCAUCUCUGCAUCAGGAAUUUACCAGGAGGUUGAAAAGAAAAGAAAAAUUGCUGAGCCUGUGUGUGUUCCUGGCCUGAUGGAGUUCACCUGGCAUCUGGCCAGCAAGUGGCACGCACCCUAGUGUAGGGACACAAGUUGCCUUCCUGCCUUUGACCUUUAGAAAGCAACAGGUCUUGUUGCUAUGCAGAGAAAGCUGCAAGCCUUGCUCAGUUCUAUAGACAGUAACACCCUGGCUGCAGUGCUAAAAAAUAGCCCCCUUCCACUGGUUAGGCUUGUGCCUGUUAGGCUGUUGAUCUGCAGCCAAGAGGAAGGCAGCAUUUUUGCUGAGCGCCAAGAUAGAGAAGCCACCAGGGGGCGCUCUUCCCAAACACUGCUCAGGCAACCUCUUCCUCUGUGGGGCUCUGGCACACACGAUCAUCAAGCCUAAUUCACGGUGAUUUUCAUUUAUUUUUUUCCUGCUCCCUGGGCUCCAGGAUGUUAUUUUUAGUAGAAGAGCUACUAUAAAUAUUUAUAAAGGCAGUGACUGGAAUGAAGUGAGACCCCACAGAUGGCUCUACAGCACCCCUACUUACCCCUGCAGCCCAAGACCUAGCUUUGAGGUGUGUGCAGAGCUAAUGACCACACACGGAUGGGGUUCUAAGAGAACACUGUAAAGGAGCAGCCAUAGGAGAGAGCAGGGUAGAUGCAGAGGCCUCUUCCCACCCGUCCCUCCCCUUACUCUCAUUUCUGAGUCAGAGAAAGGCUGUGAUCUGUGCUGAGUCAAGGUCCUCGGUGCCUCCUAGGUACUGAGUAUGAGGAGCAGGUGCACCAUGGGUCUGCUGCUGUGAGGGCAAGACGGAAUAUAGAGACUGGAGCUGGCAUCCAUCUGCUCAGUGACAAAGAUACUUGUCCUUCCAGCCCACACGGAGAGCAGGUGGAGCUGAGGACCUGGACAGCCAGUUGGGGCCAGUGCGAAGAAGACAGCAGGGAAAAGGGCACCCACACAUGCGGGCAAAAUAGGUCCUGGCUUGCCUGGAGGGCCAGCGAGGCAAAGGGGAGCAUAAGAAGCAACACUCUGGACAUCCAGACACUGACUCCCACCUCACACUGCACAGGGUCCCUGCUCAUUUGCUGUGCUCGCUGGUCUGUGAACUUGUGAACAGGUGAGGAGACUGGACAGAGAGGAGUCCUGUCAGUGUGUCAUGGACAAGUAUUACCACACCCUGGGGCCUCACAUACUAGCCAGUAAACAUGAAAUCUAA